AGUGGACUCAUUCACCACAAGGAAAUUCCGGCAGAAUUACAGAAUUAUGCGAUAACCCAAGAGCUUCCUCUUGAUUGCAUAUGGAAUAUAACUGUUCAACAUGGUUAUCAGGUUAGACCAACCGAACAAUUGUGAGUCCAAUUUCAUCGAGGUCUAUCAUAACAAUAUGAAUAUAUCGGAGCGUGAAUACCAAUUCUGCGCGACUCUAGUCGAGUCCGUGCGCUCAAAGUCUAACGUAAUGCACAUCCGGUUCUUUGCCAAACACAACGCCAUUCAAACCACUCGUUUUGAGAUCGUAUACACGGCCUAUAGGCAGCUCAAAAACUGGACAGGCUAG